ACGGAACUCGGAGGAACCGCAAAUUCUUCCAAAAAAUCGGGUGCAACUGGAUCUUUGGUCGUUUGUAAUGGGCCGGUUGAUGCGCGAUGUCUAAAAAUAAGACCACUGGAUGUAAAUGUCCCUGCGGCCACCAGAAGAGGAAAGAGGGAGAUGCAAGGGGAUGUGUGAGAUAUAGAUGUGGUUUGACCAACACCAUACAGGAUGUCCUCCGCCAGAGGCCUGGAUGGGUUGAGGUGAAAGAUGACGGUGAAUGGGACUUUAACUGGUGCGACGUUGGCUGGCUAAGAGAGAACUUUGAUCAUUCUUACAUGGAGGAGCAUGUGCGAAUAUGCCACUUCCGCAACCACUAUGAGCUGACACGUAAGAACCUGAUGGUGAAGAACCUGAAGAGGUAUCGCAAGACUCUGGAGCGUGAGGCUGGACGUCUGGAGGCUGCCAAGUGUGACUUUUUCCCACGUACCUUUGUGCUGCCCAGUGAAUAUGCCCUCUUUGUAGAGGAGUUCAAGAGGAGUCCAGGCAACACCUGGAUCAUGAAACCAGUGGCACGGUCACAGGGAAAAGGCAUUUUUCUGUUUCGGAAACUCAAGGACAUCGUUGACUGGAAAAAGGACGGCAGUCGCCUGGAGGAUCAGCGGGACGAGAACCAGGUGGAGAGUUAUGUGGCACAGCGAUACAUAGAGAACCCCUACCUCAUCAGUGGCAGGAAAUUUGACUUGAGAGUCUAUGUGCUUGUGACAUCAUAUGUGCCCUUGAAGGCAUGGCUGUAUAGAGAUGGAUUUGCCCGAUUCUCCGGCACACGCUUCUCCCUCAGCAGCAUUGAUGAUCAGUAUGUUCAUCUCACAAAUGUGGCAGUGCAAAAAACUGCACCAGAUUAUGACCCAGAAAAGGGCUGUAAGUGGCAGCUUCAGAAGCUGCGUCGGUACUUGACAGCGAAGCAUGGUGCAGAAACUGUGGAGACCCUAUUCAGGGACAUCGACAACAUUUUCAUACGCAGCCUACAGAGUGUCCAGAAGGUGUUUAUUAAUGACAAGCACUGCUUUGAACUUUAUGGCUACGACAUCCUCCUGGAUGAGGACCUCAAGCCAUGGCUGAUUGAGGUGAAUGCCUCACCUUCACUGACUGCCAGCAGCCAGGAGGACUAUGAGAUGAAGUAUCGUCUACUGGAGGACACCCUAAACGUUGUCGACAUGGAGGGCAGACUCAGUGGCAGGGAGAAGCGAGUGGGCGGUUAUGACCUCAUGUGGAACGAUGGUCCAGUCUACCGAGAAGAUUUCAGCCUGGACAGUCUUGGAAGCACCUGUUUCACAGCGAACACACACUUAGGUUGUGUCAAUGAUAGGAAGAAGCACCUAGGACAGCUCAAGGCAUUCUCUGGACAGAAGAGAGCAUAACAAUGCAUAGAUUCAAUCUGUUGUAAUCAUGAGACUGGAAUAAAGCAUUUGUAUAAAUUAACUGCCUCUUUGGCUGUAUACAUGGUAAUGGAAAGCAAGCAGUAUGAAACAGAAAGCAUUAUGGAGAGAGAGGCAACACAAAGUGAAUUAGAAUGACCAUAGUCACGUGGGAAGAAAAGCACAAUAACAGGUGUGAGCUG